AGUCUGUCAUUAGGAAUUAAUGAUCAGGACUAUCAUUAUAAAUAUUCAACCCAUUCUUCUGUGGAAAGAAUACAACACCUGCUCAGUAGCUUGAAACAUAUAUUCCUUUCAAACCAGUCGGAAAAAUGAAUACCACCACGAAAGUUAUUAUGCUAGCUUUCUGCAUCUACACAGUAGUUGCUUACAUGGAUCCUAAGGAUUUUGGAGAUAAGCUGACCAAACUUGGCAACGAGUGUCAUGAUAUUUGCACAGAUGUAACGGGUGCAACAGAAGAAAUGAUUAUACAGGUCAGGAAUGGUAACUUUAUCGAUGACGAAAAAAUGAAGAGAUACGUACUAUGCCUCUGCAGAGUUUCUAGAUUGAUGGAUAAAGAUUUGAAAAUAGAUAUGGUGGCAUUGAAUGAAGUGCUUCCAGCCGGCUCGAGAAAAAACGUACCCAGUGGAGCAAGAGACUGUUUGGUCAAUGCAAGAAAUUCAGAUUUGAAAGAAAAAUAUGACAAAGUCUACGAAAUGGAAAAAUGCUUGUAUAAUCUUAAUCCAGAUGAAUUUAUUAUGUUUUAAGGAGACCAGGCCAGGCGAUACGACAAAUUACAUAAUAAUCAUAUUGCACUGCGGACUUAUGUUUAUUCUCAACCAUAUUCACUAUAAACUCUCAGCAUGA